AUAGUCGGCAUUCGGUAUACGAAACAGAUGACGGCUCGAAGUGCAGUACACACAUAACCUCCUCCUUUGAUCGUCCUAAGAACUUUCUUAAACUCAAAAUAGAUCAAGUCAGUUGCAAAAGUGCACUUUAAUUCAUACAAAGUGAAGCAUGUUUCGUAUUGGAGCUAAAUAUGCCCCUAUCGUCAGAGGUUUUAGUACAAAGCUCACUGAGAUCGAUAACCUCGUUAAAAAAAAUAAAGUAGUCGUCUUUAUGAAAGGCGUACCAAAGGAACCAAGGUGCGGAUUCAGCAAUGCUGUAGUCCAGAUAUUACAAAUGCAUGGUGUUACUUAUGAUGCUCAUGAUGUUCUUAAAGAUGAGAACCUCAGACAAGGUAUAAAGGAUUUCUCAAAGUGGCCGACGAUACCUCAAGUAUUCAUAAACGGUGAUUUCGUGGGCGGCUGUGACAUACUUUUAGAAAUGCAUAAGAACGGUGAGCUUAUCGAAGAACUAAAGAAAGUUGGAAUUACCAGUGCCCUUCUGGAAAAAGAAGGAUCUUCUCCAGGUAGUGCCAAAGGAUCUAAAGAAUAAAUUUAAUUUAACGAACUUGUAUAUAAACAAAUAACUGUCUCAUAUCGAUAGUAUCUUUUUGUUAUAAUAAAGAUUUUUGUUAGCACUGA